CGAGAGGGGGCAAAGGGAGGAAUAUUCCUUGUCAAAAUGAAAAUGGUAGUGCUAUAGUGGGGUUAACGUAAUUGUCCCUAUGUAGUGGUCGCGACAAUUUCAUUGUACCCGCCACGGCAGUUUUACUAGUUUCGUCCAAUUUUGAGUUCGACCCAGUUCCCCUGAGCCCCUUCGUCAAACCCUCCGAAUCAUGUUUUACGACCCUUAUCAGGCAAAAUAGCAGGGCGUAACCCAAAUUCAACCGAUUCAAAUGACUAGAUCACCAGGCUGUGAAUAAUGACAAAAAAGUUUGAGUUCAAUUGGCAUAUCCCAGUGCCAGAGCCCUUACUCGAAGGAUGUGUUUUUGACAGAUGGAAUGAGGACAAGGACUCAAGCGAUAUCGAGCCCAACUGCCUCUUCAAAGUCGAUGAGUACGGUUUCUUUAUAUACUGGAAAAGCGAAGGAAGGGAAGGGGAUGUUAUCGAACUUUGCCAAGUCAGUGAUAUACGUGCAGGAGGUAUACCAAAAGACUCAAGGCUGCUGGCUCAGCUUACAAAUAAACAUGGGGAUAACGUAGAAGAAAAGUCACUGACGAUCUGCAGCGGUACGGACUACAUUAACAUAAAUUAUCAGCAUGUAGUCUGUCCAGAUGCUGCAACUGCAAAGGCCUGGCUAGAUGGUUUGAGGAAUAUAACGCACAAUGUUAAAGCCAACAAUGUCUGUCCAAUGACAUGUUUGAAAAAGCAUUGGAUGCGUCUUGGAAUGUUAGUAGACCCAAAAGGUAAGGUUCCUGUCAAGGUGGUUGCGAGAACUUUUGCCUCUGGUAAGACAGAAAAGCUUGUCUACCAAUGUUUGCAAGAUUUAAAUCUACCAAGUGGAAAGAAUGAUGUCAUUGAACCUGCAGACUUUACAUUUGACAAAUUUUAUGAACUGUACCAUAAAAUAUGCCCUCGAAAUGAUAUAGAGGAACUGUUUCAAUCCAUAACCCAGGGUAAAGCGGACUCAAUCAGUAUUGACCAGUUCAUAAAUUUCUUGAAUGAAAAGCAACGGGAUCCUCGGCUGAAUGAAAUUCUGUACCCCCUUUAUGAUGAAAAGAGGGCAGCUGAAAUUAUUGCGACCUAUGAGCAAAACGAGGAAGCUGUUAAAGAGAAACGACUUACGAAGGAUGGCCUAAUUCGUUAUUUAAUGUCCGAUGAGAACGCACCCGUUUUUCUUGAUAGACUUGACAUUUACAUGGAAAUGGAUCAACCGCUGUCUCAUUAUUAUAUAAAUAGUUCACAUAAUACCUACCUCACAGGGAGACAGUUCGGUGGCAAAUCGAGUGUCGAGAUGUACCGCCAAGUUUUACUGGCUGGUUGCAGAUGUGUGGAGUUAGAUUGUUGGGAUGGAAAAGGUGAAGAUGAAGAACCAAUUAUUACUCAUGGGAAAGCUAUGUGUACGGAUAUUUUGUUUAAGGAUGUUAUUUAUGCACUUCGUGAUACUGCUUUUGUUACUUCAGAUUAUCCUGUUAUUCUUUCUUUUGAAAACCAUUGUUGUAAAACUCAGCAACACAAGCUUGCCAAAUACUGUGAUGAGAUAUUAGGUGAUCUACUACUUAAAGAGCCCCUUCCAGAUUAUCCUCUUGAACCUGGUGUCCCACUCCCUCCUCCUUGCUCUUUAAAAAGGAAAAUUCUUAUAAAGAACAAAAGACUUAAGCCAGAAGUAGAGAAAACAGAGUUAGAAUUAUUUAUCCAAGGACAGUUUGUGAUAGAUGACGAAGAAAAGGAAGAUGCUUCAGCUCCGGUUUCAGUCAGUGUGGAGGAAAAAAAGCCCGAGCAAGAAGAAGUGCAAGUAGCAGUUGAUACACCCGUGCCUGUUCAACCAUACACAGGAUCUACAACAAAUGUACAUCCUUGGUUGUCUUCUAUGGUUAAUUAUGCCCAGCCAAUAAAGUUUCAAGGGUUUGAUAUUGCUGAACAGAAAAAUAUUCAUUACAACAUGAGUUCUUUUGCGGAAAACACUGGUUUGGGAUAUUUAAAACAGCAAGCUUUGGAAUUUGUAAAUUACAAUAAAAGACAGAUGAGCAGGAUUUACCCAAAGGGUACAAGAGCUGAUUCUUCUAACUAUAUGCCUCAGGUUUUUUGGAAUGCGGGUUGCCAAAUGGUAUCACUAAAUUUUCAAACAGCAGAUCUUCCAAUGCAAUUAAACCAGGGUAAAUUCGAGUACAAUGGAAAUUGUGGAUAUCUUUUGAAGCCAGAUUUCAUGCGUCGUUAUGACAGAAAUUUUGACCCGUUUGCUGAAUCACCUGUUGAUGGGGUUAUUGCAGCUCAGUGCUCGGUGCAGGUCAUUGCAGGGCAGUUCUUAUCAGAUAAAAAGGUAGGGACUUAUGUUGAAGUUGACAUGUAUGGCUUGCCCACUGAUACGAUCCGAAAGGAAUUCCGUACAAGAAUGGUCCCCAGCAAUGGUCUAAAUCCUGUUUAUAAUGAAGAACCAUUUUUAUUCAGAAAGGUUGUAUUACCAGACCUGGCGGUUUUGAGGUUUGGAGUGUACGACGAGAACGGUAAGCUUCUCGGACAAAGGAUCCUACCCCUUGAUGGCCUUCAAGCAGGUUACAGGCAUAUCUCACUUAGGACUGAGGCAAACUUCCCCAUGUCCCUUCCCAUGCUUUUUUGUAAUAUUGAACUCAAAAUUUAUGUACCGGAUGGAUUUGAAGGGUUUAUGGCUGCCCUUUCUGACCCAAGAGCAUUUCUUUCUGGUCAGGAAAAAAGGACACAACAGAUGAAAGCAAUGGGAAUUGAAGAAACAGAUAUCAACACUAGUGUUCUGAACAGCAAUGAUACAACUAAGAAAUCGUCAAAAGAAGAAGAAAAGAAAAUUGAAGAUCUUACAUUUGAAGUGAUCACAAUGGAAAUGCUAAAAGCAGAAAAGGCUUACCAGAAGGUUCAGCGGAAACAGCAGAAAGAAAUAGAUGCUUUGCAAAAAAGGCAUGCAAAGGAAAAAAGUCUGGUGCAGAAACAACAGUGCUCAGCUGUAGAGAAAUUGGUUAAAGGCAAGAAAUCAUCUGAGGUUGCCAGAGAAGAAGGUGUCCGGGAAGUUGUAACAGGACAAGUUAGUCAGUGGUCUGAAAUGGUUGACAGACAUCGAAAAGAAUACUGGGCUUUAAUGAAGACACAAGUUGCUGAGCAGCAGGAUACGUUAACAAAACUAAUGGAUGCUGCCCAUUUGGCCCAAAUGAAACAGCUUGAAGCCAAACAUGAAAGAGAGAUGAAGGAGAUGAAUACAAAACAAGCAAAGAUUUCAGUUGAAACUACCAAAGAGGUCGCCAAUGAUAAAACGCUCAGAACGAAAGGUGAAAAGGAUCGUAGGUUGAGAGAAAAGAAGCAAAAUAAUACUAAAAAAUUCAUGGAUGAAAGAAAAUAUGCACAGAUGAAGCAUGGAAAAGAAAAAGAAAAGCUGAGUGUGAAGCAUGAAAAACAGAAGCAAGAGCUACUGAAAGAAAUCAACAAAACUUUGGAACUCUACAAAAACGAAGAAGUGGAAUAUGAACUUUCGAAUAAAGUUGAGUUCUUUGCCUAAUUCAGCGUACCUACAUCGUGAUAACAGCGAUAGUUUUACACUUAUUUAUUCUAGUCAUUUUGAUCUGGUCCAUAGAAAAUAAAAGAGAUGACCAUUGAAAUAUAUGUAUAAAACAGAAAAGGAAUGGUGACAAGUAAAAUCAUGGGAGAUGAUUCCUAAAUGGAUUUUCUGCAAUAUUUCCUUUAGCUAAUAAUUUAAGUUUAUUGUGCAAUAAUGAUAGGAAAAGUGUGCUUUACGAUAGAUUACCUGCUAGAACUUUUUUAAUACCUUUUUGGUUCUUUAAAAAAAGAGCAAUAAUCUUUUAAAGAAAUUAAAGAGUAUAUGAAUAUUUUUGUUAUAGAAUAAAUAAUUUAUUCAUUUGACCAUGUAAAAUGUCUAGCGUUGACCGCCAUUGUUAAAAUAGUUUAUAUUGCAAUUAAUAUUAUAUAUUAGAACAGUAUUUCUUGAUGCCAAACAUAAAAUUGGAUUAUGCAAGUAUUCCAUUUUUGUGAAAGCUAAAAGUUGAACAUUAGAUCAGCCACGGGUUUCUGUGUGCAGUCAACUUUUCUGACUUCUUUCUACAAUUUUUUUUUUUUUAGAUUUGGACGUAGUACUGGUUAAUAAUUUUACUGGCUAUCUUUUUGACGUGGGGAAUUGUAACAUAAGGUAUGUCAGUUCGGUUUUUGCUCACGUUUCUUCCAAAUUGACCAUUACCUUUUUCCAAUAAUAAUUCUGUUACAAAUAAAGUAGCAUUUCUAUGUGAUUUGUUAAUAAAAACAAAUUAUAAUUAGUGUUAAAAUUUCACUCACCAUUUUUAUAACAAUUUAUAACAUCUAGUUCAUUUCCUCACAUCAAAAGUUUUUGAGCUUGCAUUAGUAUUUACAAGUAGAGACGAAAUAUUAAAAGUACGAAUUGGGUAAUCAAGGUGUGCUAUCCAGUACUUCGUCCUCUUAUUAUUUAUGGAGUGACGGGUGAUUUUUGGCCUUCCAUACAGCAGUGCCCAAUGAAUAAUUUAAAAGAAAAUUUUUACAUAAAAUAAUAUAUUAUAACUGCGGUGUUAGAGAUGCAUAGAAUGUACUGGUUACAUAUCUAUUGUUAUAAUUAAUGUUGUUAAACUAAAUUUUAAAACUAUCAUGACCAAUUCUCAACUAGAGAUAUAUAUAUAAUAUAUAGAAUACUGUGUAUCAGUUUAUAUUAUGGUAUAAGUAAAACAACGUUAAAAAAAUGUUAAUUUUUGUCUCUUUUAAUUUACUGUUUUUUGUAAUAUAACAGUGUGCCUACGCUGAUUAAAUGCAAAAUUAUAAAAAUAAUGAAUCAAAA